UCUGGCAUCUCUGGCUGUGCGUAACAGAUACGUCAAAUUGCUCAAUAAGUGGAAUAAGAUUUGAAUAACAAUGAAAUUAUUCGCUACAAUUGCUGUGUGUGUCCAUAUAUCAUUUUUAUUAUCAAUUUUUUACAUAUAUUUCCGGUCGCCAGUUUUAGAAGAUCUUCCCAUUGGUAAAAAUGGAAACGGGUUAGCAAACCGUGUAAUAGUUCUCUAUGGAGAAUCAGUAGGAGAGUGAGUUACUCAUCACUCACGUUGCAUGACGUCUCCGGAGUGCUCAGCAAAUGAAAGUAAACAUUGAAGCAUAGCAGUUUCAUCGCAUAUUAUAUACAUAAAAAAGCAGUCAUUUACAUAUAUUGCUGGGAUCUGAGCAACGAAAACAAGCAUUUGUUUCCUGAUUGUAGCUGAGUUUUUUGUGACGAAGGCAUAAACUUCUGCGGAUGGAAAUAAAAACUGACGAGUGAUUUUAUUCCACAUAAUUCAAUUUUUCUGUCGACGGAUUUGAUCUACGAGUAUAAUUUGCUUGGAGUGCUGGGGCAAAUUUCAAUUUCGGUGAAGUAUAGAACUGAUCAAGAAUGUCGGUGUCAACGACCGUAGAACCUUACCUACCGAAUUCAAUACCUUUUGCUCAAUACAUUGAACAACUUGAAUACGUUUUUAUCAACAACAAUGUGCCUGAGCAGAAAUAUAAGACUUCUUUCUUAGCCGUUUGUGGUGUUACGGUUUUUUCUGAGAUCAAAAAGCUUUUUCCUGGUCAUGAUAUUAAAAAUUUGACUUACCAGCAAAUAACGGAAUCAUUGAAGAAAAGAUUCGAUAAAUGCGACUCUGAAGUGAUUCAUAGUUACAAAUUUUGGAGCAGGCGACAAGGAAAGUAUGAAAAAUCUGAAGAUUUUGUAAUCGCAGUAAAAGUUUUAGCCGAGCAAUGUGGUUUCGGUACAUUUAAGGAUAGAGCGAUUCGUGAUCUUUUAGUAAUAGGUGUUUAUAACCGAGAUAUCCAAAAGCGGUUAUGUGACGAAGAUGAUCUUACUGCUACCAGAGCAGAGAAACUAAUUUUAAAUCAUGAGAUUUCUAAUAAUAGAACGAGUGUCUUAAAAGAAGACGAAGAUCAUAACAUAUCAAUAGUUGCUCGUUUGGGCAGGAAAGAUAUUCGAUCUCGUUCAAAACAAAGAUAUAGGGAUAGAAGUAGAAGUCAUAAUCGAAGUGUAUCCUUUUCGCCUAGAAAUAAAAAGCACGGAUACGACAAUCAUAGAUACAACUCAGACAAACCGUCUUAUUUGUGUUCCUUCUGCAAAAGAAGAGGACAUACACGAAAGUUUUGUUACAAAUUACACUACAAAGGCAAAUAUCAGGAAGAGGUCAAGUUUUUGAGCCCUCCAAAGAAAACUGGUAGUUCACUUGAAAAUUUCAAAAGACCGGAACAUACCAAAGAAGAAGAUGAUGAUGAUGAUGAGGAUAUGUAUUGCAUGAUGAUUUCCUCGAUAAAUCUAAUAAACGAACCUUGUUAUGUUGAGGUGUUAAUAGAGAGAAAGAGUUUGGAAAUGGAAAUUGAUUGCGGGUCGGCAGAGACUGUUAUUUCUGAAGAACUAUAUUUAAAGACAUUUUCAUGGAUCAAGCUUUUACCUUGCAACAAGAAAUUAGCUGUGAUUGAUGGCAAUAGGUUGAAGGUUCUUGGGAGAUUAAGCGUAUCGGUACAAUUGAAAGGAAAAAAACAGCAGCUCUAUUUAAUAGUUCUUCGGUGUAACAAAAAUUUUGUACCACUGCUAGGUCGUACUUGGCUUGAUUGUUUCUAUGAAGGAUGGCGAAAUAUUUUUUCAAAGCAUGGUGUCCAGAAUGAGCAUAUUCACAAACUUGGUGUGCAGGAUGGUAUCGAGGAGUUGAAAAAGGAAGUGGAUAUUGAUGUGGCUGUAAUGCUUCAUUUAGACCCGUAG